GCAUUGCUAUGGUAAAAUAUGACGUAAAUAUGAGAGGUGUUAAUUUAACAAUGAUAUAAAUACUGUGACAUGAUCAAAGAUUUCAUUGUUGAGAGAACAGAGGACAGAACAGAGCACCAUGUCUUCUGCAGGACUACUUCUACUGAUGUCCAUAACAUGUAUCAACAAUGCAGGGAGAGUUAUUGGAAAAAGCCAAAUCACAUCAGAAAAAUAUAAUAAUAAUGAUGUCACAACUACAAGCACAGUCUACAGCAGCAAUGAGACGGCUAAGCUGACCGAGAGGACAAAUGUUGCUGGGACUAAAGGUGAUGUCACAACUUUAAGAACAACACAAUGGGUCCUGAUGGAAGAGACUUCAAUGAGAGAUAUAAACAUGACUACAGGGACAAAUGUCAAUGGGACAAAUGUCAAAGGGACAAAAAAUACUAGAAGCAAAUCGUCUGAGCGAUCCAAAUCUAAUGAUGUUGCAACUUUCAGUACAACACAUUGGGAAAUGAUGGAAAACGUGUCAAUGGAAAGGACUAACAUGAGUGUGAAGACAAAUAUCACUGGGACUAAAACUACUGAAGAUUUGAGACCAGUUAUGCAGACACCAAUCACUGAUAUGGCUGAUAAAAUAUUCAAAUUCAUGAAUCCUUUCAUUUAUGCUAUUGGCAUCCCAGCAAACAUUUUAACCGUCAUUGUUUUCAAUCUAUCCGAGAGCAGAAAAUCGACAGUUUCAAUCUAUUUGAGCUCUCUGGCUAUGGGCGAUUGUGGAGUCCUUCUCUGUUCAAUGAUUAACUACCUAGAGAAGAAUCUUGUGAAAGGUCCUGUGCUAAAGUCGCUGUCUUCAUUGAAUUGCGGACUAUAUUUUACCAUUCUGCAAGCUUCAUAUCUUUUUGGUACCUGGAUGUUGAUUGCAGUGUCAAUUGAUCGUUACAUCGCAAUUUGUCACCCCCUGAAAGCGAAAGUCUGGCUGAGGAAUCGCUAUGCUCGGAUCUAUGUCUGUCUCACAGCGAUUGCUAUGUUAGCUGUAAGCAUGGUCAACAUUAACAGUUUCAUAGCGUUCCCACCCAACUUCUGUAUACCGAAGAUACCUGAUGCCUACAUGGGCCUUUACACGAUCAUACCCUUGUACACAAUCAUUCCUCCGCUCGUGUUAUUGCCAUUCAACACUCUUAUUAUCUACCAAAUGGUGAGGAAAACAAGAAAAAACUCCAUCAAUUCAUUGACGACCAUUCAAAGCAUUACACGACGCAAGCAGCUCAUCCAGCUAACGACCAUGACAGUAGUAAUGACGAUAACGUAUUUGGUUCUUACAACACCGAGCGCCAUUCUUCAAGCUGUUAACUUCUGGGAAAAAUGGGAGAUAACUGACGUGACGAAAUUCAUCCCGAAGCUUGUAAGCCAGAUGGUUUUGAUAAAUCAUUUUGUCAACUUUUUCCUCUACAUCAUAUCAGGUAAAAAAUUCCGACAGCAGUUGUUACAGAUGUUUUGCCUAGCAUGCUCAAAGAAAACAGGCAAGAAGAGGUCAGCUCCUCUUCCUAAGAUGAAUGUCACGACUGGAAGUAAGCAGCUAACUUACAUCAGCAGUUCCCAGAAAAGCUCGGAGGUAACGGAAAUUCAACAGGACUUGGGCCAAAUGUAAUGUGUAUUGAGACUAAAUAGUGUACCUGUUAGCAAAAACUAACUGGAGCUCAAAUUGCAGCAAGUCAAUUUCACAAACUCUAGUAAAUAUUAAUCAAUAUCACUGCUACCCACCUAAUUACACAGACGUAUCGUCGGUGUAUCAUGGCGGAACUUCCUCCGGGACUAGGUUUCGGUAAGAUUUUUUUAUUUCCCGAUUUACACCUACUUAUAAGUCACGUUGUGGAUAAUAAUUUGGCUCGAAGUUAAGGAAGAUAGUCUAGUUUGAGAAUGCGUCGAUUACCUGUGUAAUUAGGUGGGUAGCAGUGAAUAUAAAAUCUGAAAGUUCAUUAUAGAUGUUGACAAUUAACUUCAAGCACUUGGUUUUGAAAAUGGUAUUAAUGCAUUAGAAAAAGCAGAACACAGGGUAAAAAGUAUGGUACUGUAUAUAUAAAUAUGUAUGAUGUAUAUUGUAGAAGCUCGAUUAUAGAAUUGUUUGUAGUUACUACUGUAUAUGCUCUUAGAUGUACAUCUGUACUUUUCAUUGCAGUAAAGAAUUUAGGAUGAAUUUAAAAGUAAAAGUAUUGCAUGUUCAAAAACACUAAUCAAUUCUAUAUUUAAAGGAUUUAAUGAAUUGUAGAUCAUUAAAACCACAUAUACAAGGUGUUUCAUAUGUAUCCACCCCCUCUAAACUCAUACAUAUAGCAUAGCCACCCUAUCAUGUUAUAUACCAAAAGAUGCAAUGUAUUGAAGUAUGUGGGUACAGGUUAUUGAGAGAGCAAUUUCUGGUCACUUUGAGGGGAAUUUAAAGGUCAAAAUUAGUUUCCAUAUUGCACAUUUCUAGCAGUUGUCAUCAUGGCCGAGUUUAGUCCACAUGUUUGUGACAGUUAUGAUCAGAGAUAUAUUGCCAGGAUUCAUACAGUGGCUUAUAAGGAAGCCAGACACCAUGAUACCACUUUUAUCACUAAAAUUGGGCUGUGGACAGAGUGAACAGAUCACUGGACUGGGUCCAAAAAUGCUCAUACAGGGUGUCCAAAAAAAACAGGACCGUAAGAAAGUUGAAUAACUCGGUCAAUUUUGCAUAUUUUGCCUUGAAAUUUCAGAAUUAUUUAGUUCAUUCAAUGUGAAUUUUGUUGUGAAAGUUUGAUAAUAAUCUAUCAAUUGAGUCAAAAACUACAGCUCCUUACAAAACAUGCCUCAAACGUGCACCUCUCAUCUCUAUGCUCAAUUCAAUCCGGCGAACAAAGUUGUUGAUGAUCCUCCUACACACAUAUCUUUCUGAAUGGACAAGUUUGUUCAAAGAACAAUUGCUACUGGAGCUUACAUCCUCCUGAUGAAGUGUUACAGCAUCCAUUGCAUUCUGAACAAUGCACUGCCUGGGUGGCAAUGAGGAAACAUGGAAUCAUCAGUCCCUUUUGGUUCGAAGGUGACUGGGGACGUGCUAUAACCAUGAACAAGGAUCAGUAAGUUCUCACCAAGUUUUGGAGGUCAUAAGCACCAGAAGGGACAUCUAAGGAGAUAAUUAAGCAGUGGUUUCAACAAGCCAAUACCACCCCCCCAUUGCAAAUGAUAUGCUGAAAUGGUUUAGGCAAUGCUUUGGUGGUCAGCUCAUCAGUUGCAGAAUGCAAACCAUAUGGGCACCUCAUUCGCCUGAUCUAAAUCCCCCAAAUUUUUAUCUUUGAGGAUUUCUCAAAGCCAAUGAGUAUACUGACAGGCCCCUUACAAUCUUAAGAGGGCAAUAACUACCCCAAUAUUUACCAUCCACAUUAAUGUGUAUAGGUCAGGGUCAUUAACAACUUUGUUCGCAGGACUUGUUUGUGCAUAGAGAGGAGAAGUGCCCACUUUGAGCAUGUUUUGUUAAGGACUGUAGUUUUUGACACAAUGAACAGAUUAUCAUCAAACUUUCUGAACAAAAUUCACAUUGAAUGAACUAAAUAAUUCAAAAAUUUCAAGGCAAAAUAUGCAACAUUGACCGAGUUAUUCAACUUUCUUACGGUCCUGUUUUUUUGGACACCCUGUAAGAUACUUAUAAAUGACCCCGUACCCGCAUACUUUGAUACAUUGCAUCUUUUUUCAACGACACUCCUUGAUUCUGAAAUUUUGCAAUCCUAUGUAACUUUCCAUAAGGAACAAAAUGAUAUAUAACAUGAUAGGGUAGCUAUGCUACAUGUAUAAGUUUAGAGGGGGUGCAUACAUAUGAAACAUCCUGUAUGUCUUAUAUCAAAUAUGUAGUUUUAGUUAGAUAGUAGUCUUAGUGAGUAGUUGUGACUAAUGUAAUCAUGUAAUGAUACAAUAUAUCAAUAAAAGUUAUGUAUAUAAUUCCCCCUUUCAGUGGUUACUGACAUAG